AUGAAUUCAAACAGUUUAAACGAAAGCUCAACCGAUUCCUCUUCAUCUUCAUCUAACUCGGAUGAUGAGGGAAGGGAGCUUAGAGUUCAACAACGUAAUGAAGUGUGUCUUAUGAUACAACACGUAAUGCAUGAGUACAUUCCACCAAUUAUUCAAGCUGCCACUCAGCAACGCCGACGCAAAUCUACUGAGCCCCGAAAGGAUAGGGGACGCGAAGAAGGUCAUGCACGGUUAUACAAUGACUAUUUCGCGGAAGUCCCAUUUUAUCCAAGUUCCUUGUUCCGGCGCCGGUUUCGAAUGCGUAAACAUGUGUUUGAGCGCCUUCUCAACGCAGUGACCCAACAUGACCCCUGGUUUCAACAAAGGCGAGAUGCGGCAGGUCGUCUUGGUUUGUCUCCACUUCAAAAGUGCACUGCGGCCGUUAGACAACUAGCUUACGGGUGUGCUUCAGACGCUUGUGAUGAGUAUGUCUGUAUAAGUGAGGCAACUUCACGAUUGGCACUCCAAAAGUUUACAGAAGGUGUCAUCAACCUGUUCGAUGAUCAGUACCUACGCCGUCCAAACAUCGCAGAUAUGGAAAGAUUGCUACGUAUUGGGGAAGAACGUGGAUUUCCUGGCAUGAUAGGCAGCAUUGAUUGUAUGCACUGGGAGUGGAAGAACUGUCCACACGCAUGGAAGGGGCAGUAUCAAGGAAGAGAAGGAGUUGCAACUCUCGUACUGGAGGCAGUUGCGGACAGAGAUCUAUGGAUAUGGCAUUCGUUCUUUGGGAUGCCAGGUAGCUGCAACGAUAUUAAUGUGCUUCAUCGAUCCCCUGUGUUCGAAGACGUCUUAGAGGGUCGAACACCUCCUGUGAACUUCGUAGUCAAUGGUCAUCAUUAUACGAAUGCGUAUUAUCUUACUGAUGGAAUCUACCCUAGAUGGGCUUCUUUUGUGAAAUCCAUUACGAGUCCACAAACUCGUCAGGAUCGUUCUUCCCCAAUACGUUCUGCCUAUCAUGUCAGGAUCGUUUACUUUUGUGAAAUCCAUUACGAGUACCGUACUGAUCGUAUUGUGGAUAUCGGCUUAUACUUGUCUCGUAGAACAGAGAUUGAGGAUCAAUAG